AAGCUGAGAUCAUCAAGACCACUCGUCGACUAUAUAAAAUUACGCGUUUUGUGUCGUUGCCCGCAUUCGCAAAUAUCUCGAUCUCCCAUCUAGAAAAGAUAAAUGAUAUUCAAUUUCUCAAAUUUGACCCUGAGUAA